AAUGAUUCUAUUCAAUAUGGAGUACAGAAAAUAGCCUGAUUCACUCUGCAUUUCACUACUCUCAUUCAGUUUCCCGUUACCCUUGAAUGUCGGGAACACAUUAUAAGUUCAGCCCGUAGAUGCCAGCCUACUGGACUCGCUCACGUACGUUUGACAUAUUUCAAAAAAUAAUUUGAACGUAAUUUAUUUACUAGCCAACCUAACAACCGCGCUGGCGAGCCGUGAACUGUAAAACUGUGAGAAAAAAAAAAACACACUUACAAACUCCUGGUUUCCCUAAAAACGCAACAUUGUUAAUCUCCUCGACGCUCUCCACAUCCGGAGGAAGAUUUGAAUACUCGACGGUUUCCGAGAAAGUAACUAAGUAACAAGUUGUGCCGACCGGCGAGGUUAUCGGGUGAAAGGUGACAUUGCUUCGGGCUCUUGCCUCGUAGAAUGCACAAUGCGGCCAGUGUCUCAGCCUCUCUGGGGUCCAUGGGACUGUUGCGUCUCUUUGGGGUGUCCUGGUCCUGGAGUCUGGCAGCAGGCCUUGGGGUAUAUCUGGGCACAAGAACCUGGAAAUACUUCUACAUUGCAGCACGCACUGCCAAGAGAGACCUCAAUGGCCUGUAUGUGCUGUUGAGAGUGAAGCUGGCUUUGUGGCGUUACAUGCGUAAUGGAAGUAAUGUUCCUUCCAUAUUCGCCCAGACCGUAAAACUCCACCCAAAUAAACCAGCACUGAUCUAUGAGGCCACGGGGGAAACAUGGACCUUCACACAGCUGGACGAGCUGUCUAAUGCCGUGGCCCACUGGGCAAGAGGUCAGGGAUGGAUCUCGGGGGAUGUGGUGGCCCUCUUUAUGGAAAGCAGGCCGCUGCAGGUGGCCCUUUGGCUGGGCUUUGCCAAGGUUGGGGUGGAAGCUGCACUCAUCAACUUCAACCUCCGCCAUGAUUCCCUUCUGCACUGUAUCGGGGUGUCAGGGUCACGGGCUAUUGUGUUUGGAGCUGAGCUUGCUGAUGCCAUGUUGGAGGUCAGUUCCUCCUUCAGCCAGUCCAUGGUACAGUUCUGUACAGGUGACCUCAGUGCAGAACAUCUGGCCCGUCUGGGUGCUCAUCCUCUGGACCCAAUUUUAGCGUCUGCAUCUAGACAUCCCCCUUCACCUUGUGUUCCCCCCAAAGGCAUGAACGACCGUCUAUUUUAUAUAUACACCUCUGGCACCACAGGGCUGCCCAAAGCUGCCAUCGUGGUACACAGUCGUUACUACAGAAUUGCUGCUUUUGGGUAUUUUGCCUUUCGCAUGCGCCCUGAUGACAUCAUCUAUGACUGCCUGCCUCUCUAUCACUCUGCAGGUAAUAUCAUGGGAGUUGGUCAGUGUCUGAUCCAAGGACUCACUGUGGUAGUGAAGAAGAAAUUCUCUGCCAGCCGCUUCUGGGAAGAUUGCAUUAAGCACAACUGCACUGUGGUGCAGUAUAUCGGGGAAAUCUGCCGCUACCUCCUGUCUCAGCCAGUACGGCCAUCAGAAAAAGGUCACAAAGUUCGGCUGGCUGUGGGAAACGGGUUGCGCCCCAGUGUGUGGGAGGCCUUCACAGAACGUUUUGGGGUGGCACAGAUUGGCGAGUUCUAUGGAGCGACUGAGUGCAACUGUAGCAUUGCCAACAUGGAUGGAAAGGUGGGAGCCUGUGGAUUCAACAGUCGCAUUCUCCCCAAUGUGUACCCGAUCCGUCUGGUGAGGGUGGACGAGGACAGCAUGGAGCUGGUUCGCAACAGCCAGGGCCUCUGUGUGCCUUGCCGCCCUGGGGAGCCAGGGCUUCUGGUGGGUCGUAUCAAUCAGCAGGACCCAUUACGGCGUUUCGAUGGCUAUGCUAACCAGGAUGCUACAAGGAAGAAGAUAGCUCACAAUGUCUUUAAGAAAAAUGAUUCUGCAUAUAUUUCAGGGGAUGUGCUGGUGAUGGAUGAACUGGGAUAUAUGUACUUCCGUGACCGUGGCGGAGAUACAUUCCGUUGGAGAGGAGAAAAUGUCUCCACCACCGAGGUGGAGGGCAUACUCAGCAGUCUUCUGGGUCAGACUGAUGUAGCUGUGUAUGGUGUGACAGUUCCAGGUGUGGAAGGUAAGGCAGGCAUGGCUGCCAUCGCAGACACCACAGGGACUUUUGACAGCAACAGUUUCUUCCAGAAAGUCCAGAGAGCUCUUCCUCCAUAUGCUCGCCCCGUGUUCCUACGAAUCUCCCCACAUGUAGACACCACAGGUACAUUUAAAAUCCAGAAAACCAGGCUGCAGAGGGAGGGAUACGACCCACGUCUCACCACUGAUCAGAUCUACUUUUUGAACAAUAGAGCUGCGAUUUAUGAGGCUGUAGAGGAGGAGCUAUACAAUGCUAUAGCGGAGGGAAGAAUGUCUCUAUGACAUGGAGGCCAUAGCAGGG